GUUGGCGUAUGUGAGUUUUGCUUUGACAAACCGGAAAUUCUGUGUGAUCCUUGUUAACUUGACGGAACCGCCGGGACAACCGGAAGAGGAUGCGUUGCGUGAUCCGUGUUAGCUUCACGGAGCCGUCAGCCACGUCACCUCCUCUCAAACAACUCUCCUCUCGGACUUAUCCAGACUCCCGGACUUUAAAUUCAUCACUUUAGCUUCACUUACGCCUUCUUUUAUUUAAGGAGCUUUUAGGAGGGGGAGUUUUACGCUAACUGUUUAGCUGUUAGCUUCUCAUUCUAAAUCUCCGAGCUGGUUAAGGUGCAUUUUGCAGCGAAAACAUCCCUGGGUUGUCCACCCUGUAAAAGGCCUGUGAGGAGUUGCUUCAAGUUUUUUUGAUUUUUUUUCUCCCCACUUUGAAGCAGGAGCUUUAUCACCAUGAAUGUCUUUCGUCUGGCCGGCGACGUGUCACAUUUGGUGGCUAUCAUCAUCCUGCUGCUGAAGAUCUGGAGGUCCAGAUCCUGCGCUGGCAUCUCUGGGAAGUCUCAGGUGCUGUUUGCACUCGUCUUCACCACCAGGUACCUCGACCUGUUCACGGCCUUCAUUUCACUGUACAACACGGUCAUGAAGGUUGUGUUUCUGGCGAUGUCCUACGCCACCUGCUACCUGAUCUACAUGCGCUUCAGAAACACAUACGACUCGGAGAACGACACGUUCCGCGUGGAGUUCCUGCUGGUGCCUGUCGUCGGCCUGUCCUUCCUGGAGAACUACGCCUUCACCCCACUGGAGAUCCUGUGGACCUUCUCCAUUUUCCUGGAGGCGGUGUCCAUCAUGCCGCAGCUCUUCAUGAUCACUAAGACCGGCGAGGCCGAGUCCAUCACCACCCACUACCUGUUCUUCCUCGGCCUCUACCGCGCCCUCUACAUAGCCAACUGGGUGUGGCGCUACCACACGGAGGGCUUCUUCGACCAGAUCGCCGUGGUGUCCGGCGUGGUGCAGACCAUCUUCUACUGUGACUUCUUCUACCUUUACGUCACAAAAGUGCUCCGGGGAAGAGGAAAGAUGUCCUUGCCGAUGCCCGUGUGAAGCGGACGUCCGCGUCGUACAUUCAGCCAUCUGUGCCUGCGACGGUUUCAGGGUCUGAGCACAGACCUCAACCUUUCAGCCUUACUUUAGCGAUGGGACUAACGGUCUGACGUCACUCUGUAGACCGGAAUUAUUUUCUAUCCGAUUUGUACUUUUGAGUGUUGACUUUUUAAUGUUUUGCGAGUGUGAGUUGUUCGUCUGUGAGAUGCUGGAAAUGUUUCACCCCCGUCGUGCACGAGGAGAUUAAGAUUGUAACUCCAUGGAAACGGGAAAGUUUAUUGUAGCUGGUGUUUUUUCACCCACAAAACUGUACCCAAGUUUUUUUUUUUUCCCACAGGUAGACUGUAAAGUUUGGGAAUAUGUGAUCUGCAUAAAUACGACCAAAAUAGUUCUUGAGUCCUAAAACUGCAAGACAAACAUUUACGUUUCUUUUUUCUGACGAAGAUGAUUAAAUAUUGCAAAUCUGUGAGUAUAAGAGAUCCGAGAACUUUCUCCGCCCAUUCUCCACCUCAUCAGGUCUGAAACAUUUCUGUUGGGUUAAGGUUAGUUUAUGCUUCUCUAACCUCUCUUUGGUCAUUUCUCUGUGUUUUUCUGUAGAAUUUGAUGGUAUUAUUAAAAACAAAUCAUAGCACCACUAAUCCAGGCUCAGAGGCAGCAUUAGCAUGAUGCUGCUACCACCAUGCUUCACAAAUGUUCUUGACGCGUUUACUUUGUUCAAAUAUAACUUUUCAUUUCAGCCACAAAUCAUUACUUUUAAUGUAUACAUGCAUACUUUUGCAACUACAGAUAUGUAAUAAAGGGUCACCUGCGUCAGUAAAUAAAUGACCAAUAUCAUAUUUUGUCUGUUUUAAGCGUCUUUAUCUUGAAUGGAAUGAUGUUUCAGGUCGUAUUUAUGCAGAAACUUAUUUCCACGCAGCAUGAUUUACUGUUUCCUGUGUUACGCCGCCACGUUUGAUAAAGACAAAUAUUGCGGUGUUUGUAUUCUCUGUUGUCCGUUACGUGUCCCUGAACCGCUUAGUGACUUGUGUGUUUGUUUCCUAUUUGCCAAGUAUGUUACUUUUGUUUUUUCUUGUUUUGUAUUUCAGUUUUCAUAGGAGUAAAAUUAUCUCGUCACGGUUUAUUAAGCCAAAGACAGAACAGUGGUUAACUUAAACGAUUUCAUUGUCACACCUUAGCCAAACAUAUAAAUGGGAAGAUGCAAGUGUGUUCGUCACAGUCGGCUGAAUUGCGUGCAGGUGUAGUCUCCAUUAGUCAGUGUAAACUCAAAGGUGUGGCUGUUUGCUUUGUUUUCGAGUUGCGUGGACUGAAGGAGGAUGUUUACCCUUCUGUUCCUGCACACACUAAUCACACAGUGUACUUUAAAGGUCCUCUUGCAGAUGCUUUAUAGAAUCUCAUAUCCGACACACGAUGAAAAGCAAAUGUUCUUUCACCUAUCAUGUGUAAUAAAGACGGUCCAGGCUGAAUAACGUCCUGACAACACCCUCA